AUGCCGCCGACAGCGGUCGGUGAGCAAGCCGCCGCACCUUCGGCCAGCGCUGGCGGCAAGACAUUGGAGGCACAGCUAUCGAGUCUAACUAUCCAUGAACCAGCUGGACAGCUCCUUGCGCAGCUGGGCGAAGCAUCAGAUCAUUCGGCGUUGCUCCCACAACCGUCUUUACCCCCCGAAGUGCUCGAACGAGUGGUCCGCCACCUCCAGCCCGGUGUCUUGAUAGGCGAUCCCGUAGCACACGUCACCUUGGUACGGCUCAGCUGCGUCAGCCGGUUGAUGCGCUACUGGGCACUCGAGGCGCUGUACUCGGUGGUGAUUCUGCCUCGCCACGUCCGCGAAUUUCGCAAGUGGUACUCGAGAUCGGUCAAGGCGCAACCGGCGUAUCAGUUUGCAGGAUUCACAAGAGCGCUUUUCUGCUCCCUCGACGACGUUUCGGCGCUCACCUCGUUCUCGGCGGGCUGGGACCACGAACUUCUUCGGCUGCUGCACUACUGCGGUCCGACGCUCACUCACCUCUCCCUAUGGAGAUCAGAGAGCAUGGCGCUGCUACGUGAUCCAGGUCAAGUGAGAGAGGGCUUUCGAUUCGGUGCGUCGCAGCCGGUGCAGGUAUGGGGGGAGCUGGGCAAUGGCGAUGGCGACACUGAGGAAGAGGUAGAUGCAGAUAGAGCGAACGGUCAAGAUGACCUCAGCGGUAUGGGCCAGAGUGUUCCGCCCGAAGCGAAACACGCGGACGACCUGUUCAGCAAGGAGGAGCUGGACGACAUGCCCGGUUGGCUCAAAGCCGAAAUCAGAAUGCAGGGAACCCGCGCUGUCACGAUCCACCACAAAGCUCACCUGACACCGACACGACGCAUCGCACGACGCCAACAGGGCUGCCAGCCAACGCAUCUGAGCAUCAUGAUGAGCCUACCUCUGCUCGAGCACGAGGAUCCCAAAGUCUUCUCGCGCAUGCUCAUCUGGCAUCGUGUACAGGAGCUCGAUGUUCACAUUUCUACGCCAGGACACACGCCCAAGAUCCUGCGCCUUCUUGCGAGCUUGCGCGAGUCUCCCAUACGGAGGCUGAGGAUAUCAACCACCUUUUCGUCGUUGUGCAUGAUGACACCGCCAUUUCCUCCGUCCAGACGCCAACGUGAAGCGGCUGCCAACGGAGCAUUUUAUCUCGAAUCUUCAAACUAUGAAGACGCUGCAACAACAUGUCAGUACCUACCGACGCUCAAUCUGUGCGAUGCGCUAACCAGCAUGCUGCAAGACGAAGUCAUGCGUCGGGUGGUGAUCGACGAACUGCAGGGUAGACCUCUUACUGCCGUAUCCAACACGGAGCAGAUGCUCAUCAAAAGAUGCCUGGAGGGUCCAGGUAGGCAGUCGAGCGGAGGAACUGAGAGCUGUCCCGAGGAUGUUGGACACAGCAGCGAUGUGGGCCCAGCUUUCAAGGCAAGCAUGGAGCCGCACGCAGACGCCCAACGUCAGGCCGAACUUGGUCGCAACUUUCGCCUCACGAUCACACGCGGUAACCAGGCCAUGUGGGCCAAACUCAAGGACAGAUUGUGGGACUUCCGACAGCGGGUGGAAGGUAUCAGCGAGGGCUCAUGGGAGGUGUUGUCGUAG